GUCGAGUAGAUCAAAAAAGUUACAUCGUCGUUAUAUUGAUCUUGGGAACUAUCGAUUUAAUGUCUUCAAUUAUUUUACGGUGAUGUUGAAUGAAUUUGAAAAUAUUAAAAUUGAAGAUAUAUCAGAAAGUAAUGAUGAAUUUGAAAAUAUUAAAAUUGAAGAUAUAUCAGAAA